AUGGGGGUGGGAACAUGCUACCGAAGACUCACUGGACCUUCAGGGUAUGUAACGGAUGGGCCUGGAAAUUACAAAUACAAAACAAAAUGCACCUGGCUCAUUGAAGGAAGGCCAAACACAAUCCUCAGGCUUCGAUUCAAUCACUUUGCCACAGAGUGCAGUUGGGACCACUUGUACGUGUAUGACGGAGAUUCAAUUUACGCUCCCUUACUGGCAGCAUUUAGUGGUCUUAUUGUUCCUGAGAAAGAUAGCAAUGAAACAGUACCAGAAGUUGUGGCUACUUCUGGAUAUGCUCUUCUGCAUUUCUUCAGUGAUGCUGCCUAUAAUUUAACAGGGUUUAACAUCACAUAUAAUUUCAAUAUGUGUCCCAAUAAUUGCUCCGGCCGAGGAGAGUGCAAGCUCAAUAACAGCAGCAAUGCUCUUGAAUGUGAAUGUGCCAAAUACUGGAAGGGAGAAGCUUGUGAUAUUCCCUACUGCACAGAUGAUUGUGGGGCACCUGAGAGAGGGCACUGCAACUUUAAUGAUACUAAGGCAUGUUUGUGCUCUGCAGGCUGGCAAGGCCCUGGCUGUUCAAUUCCUGUUCCUGCAAACCAGUCGUUUUGGACCCGGGAGGAAUACUCUCUUCCAAAACUUCCUAGAGCAUCUCACAAAACCGUAAUCCAUGACAAUAAAAUGUGGAUUGUUGGAGGCUAUGUCUUCAAUCAUUCUGACUCUCAGAAGGUUUUAGCGUAUGAUCUUAUUUCUGAAGAGUGGCUUCCACUAGACGACACUGUGAACUCCGUAGAGAUGAGAUAUGGUCAUUCACUGGCAUUACAUAAAGAUAAUAUAUACAUGUAUGGUGGAAAGAUAGAUGCGACGGGGAACGUGACCAGCCAGCUGUGGGUGUUCCACAUUCCCACCCAGACCUGGACUCAAGCGACGCCGAAAGCCAAGGAGCAGUAUGCUGUUGUUGGCCACUCGGCACACAUCGUCACCCUGAAAGACAGCACGGUCAUGCUGGUCAUCUUUGGGCACUGCCCUCUUUAUGGGUACAUCAGCAAUGUGCAGGAAUACAACCUGGACACAAAUACAUGGAACAUUUUACAGACGAGCGGAGCUUUGGUUCAAGGAGGGUAUGGUCACAGUAGUGUUUAUGAUCCAAAUACAAGAUCAAUUUAUAUCCAUGGAGGUUACAAAGCAUUCAGUGCCAACAAAUACAGGCUAGCAGAUGACUUGUACAAAUAUGAAGUUGAUUCCCGUAUGUGGACUAUUCUUAAAGACAGUAGAUUUUUUCGCUAUUUGCACACGGCUGUGAUAGUGAGUGGAACCAUGCUGGUGUUUGGAGGAAACACACACAAUGACACCUCCAUGAGCCACGGUGCGAAGUGCUUUUCUUCAGAUUUUAUGGCGUAUGAUAUUGCUUGUGAUCGGUGGUCUGUUCUUCCUCGCCCGGGUCUCCAUCACGAUGUGAACAGGUUUGGACAUUCGGCUGUGCUGUACAACAGCACCAUGUAUGUAUUUGGAGGCUUCAACAGCCUCCUCCUGAGUGACAUACUGAAGUACACACCCGAGAGAUGUGAAGCUUUUGACAACGAAACGGCCUGCUUGCGAGCAGGUCCUGGCAUCAGAUGCGUGUGGGCUACCACCCCUCCUUACUGCGUCCCCUGGGAAAUGGCGACGGUAGCGCAGCAGCAAAAGGUCUUUGAAGACUGUCCUCCCAAGCCAGUUGUAGACAAUGAAAAAUGUGAUCAGAUUACAGACUGCUAUAGCUGUACAGCAAAUACAAACAACUGUCAAUGGUGCACUGACCAGUGUAUCUCAAUGCAUAACAACUGCACAGAGGAACAGGUUCCUAUUACUCUAUAUGACAAUUGUCCUAAGGAUAACCCCGCCUAUUACUGUAACAAAAAGACAAGUUGUAAAAGCUGUGCCAUGGAUCAAAACUGUCAGUGGGAACCUAGGAAUCAAGAGUGCAUCGCUUUACCGGAAAAUAUCUGUGGAACAAACUGGCAUUUGGUUGGCAACUCCUGCUUGAAAAUUACAAACGCGAAGGAGAACUAUGAUCAUGCCAAACUGUCCUGCAGAUCCAAUGGUGCUUUGCUGGCUUCCCUCACGACCCAGAAAAAAGUAGAAUUUGUUUUAAAAGAGCUGCAGAAGAUGCAGUCUUCGCCCAAAACUUUGACUCCGUGGGUUGGACUGAGGAAAAUCAACGUGUCCUAUUGGUGCUGGGAAGACAUGUCUCCCUUCACCAACACACUGCUCCAGUGGCUCCCCGAUGAACCAAGCGAUGCUGGAUUUUGUGGUUAUUUAGCUGAGCCUUUCCAGCAGGGACUGAAGGCAGCAACGUGUAUCAAUGAAGUCAACGGCAGUGUCUGUGAAAGGCCAGCUAACCACAGCGCCAAGCAGUGCCGCACGCCCUGCGCCCUGCGGACGAUGUGCGGGGAGUGCACCAGCGGCAGCUCCGAGUGCAUGUGGUGCAGCAACAUGAAGCAGUGCGUGGACUCAAACGCUUACGUGGCCUCUUUCCCCUACGGGCAGUGCAUGGAGUGGUACACCAUGAGCAGUUGUCCACCUGAAAACUGUUCAGGCUACUGCACGUGUGCUCACUGUUUGGAGCAGCCGGGCUGCGGGUGGUGCACCGAUCCGAGCAACACCGGCAAGGGGAAGUGCAUUGAAGGCUCUUACAGAGGUCCGGUCAAGAUGCCAACCCCAUCUGCAACAGGGAAACACAGCUUGGAGCCGGUCCUUAAUGUCAGCAUGUGUCCUGUGGAGAACAACUAUAAUUGGUCCUUUAUUCAGUGUCCAGCCUGCCAGUGUAAUGGGCACAGUAAGUGUGUAAAUGAAAGCAUCUGUGAGAAGUGUGAAAAUCUGACAACUGGCAAACACUGUGAAACUUGUAUCUCAGGCUACUACGGUGAUCCUACUAAUGGAGGAACAUGUCAGCCUUGCAAGUGCAAUGGCCACGCGUCUGUCUGCAACACAAAUACAGGGAAAUGCUUCUGCACUACCAAGGGAAUAAAAGGAGACGAGUGUCAACUGUGUGAAGUUGAAAAUAGAUAUCAGGGAAAUCCACUUAAAGGAACGUGUUACUAUACUCUUCUCAUUGACUAUCAGUUCACCUUCAGCCUUUCUCAAGAGGAUGAUCGCUAUUACACAGCAAUCAACUUUGUAGCAACACCCGAAGAGCAAAACAGAGACCUGGACAUGUUUAUCAAUGCAUCUAAAAACUUCAACCUCAACAUUACUUGGUCCACAAGUUUUGCAGCUGGCACGCAGGCUGGGGAGGAAAUUCCAGUUGUUUCAAGAACCAAUAUAAAAGAAUACAAGGACAGUUUCUCCAAUGAGAAAUUUGAUUUCCGCAACAAUCCAAACAUCACUUUCUUUGUUUAUGUCAGCAAUUUCACCUGGCCGAUAAAAAUACAGAUUGCAUUCUCACAACACAGCAACUUUAUGGACCUGGUACAGUUCUUUGUGACAUUUUUCAGUUGUUUCCUGUCUUUGCUCCUGGUGGCAGCUGUGGUUUGGAAGAUUAAACAAAGUUGCUGGGCAUCACGACGAAGAGAGCAACUACUCCGUGAGAUGCAACAGAUGGCAAGUCGCCCCUUCGCCUCCAUCAACGUUGCCUUAGAAACAGAUGAAGAGCCGCCAGAUCUCAUUGGGGGAAGCAUAAAGACUGUACCAAAGCCAAUAGCGCUGGAGCCCUGCUUUGGGAACAAAGCGGCCGUUCUCUCUGUAUUUGUGAGGUUGCCUCGAGGACUUGGGGGUAUACCACCACCAGGACAGUCAGGUCUUGCAGUGGCCAGUGCACUGGUGGACAUUUCACAACAGAUGCCAAUUGCCUACAAAGAGAAAUCGGGUGCAAUACGGAAUCGGAAACAGCAACCCCCUGCACAGCCAGGAACCUGUAUUUGAUGCAUGGACAUCAGAAACUGUAUAGGGUUUUAAACAAAACGGAAAAGUAAUACCGAGGAGGAGGAUUUCCAAGUUGUGUCACAAGAGACUAGAAGCACUCGGAGAAACACAACUUCCUUGAACCCAACUUUUUCUCUCAUCUACGUGAUAGUUGGCUUUAUUUGACAACUGCUCCACUUAAGUUUUACUGACACGUGACUUCAGAUUGCUCCUUUGUUUUCUUCAAGUUUAAAGUAAAAUAAUUUUAUUGCAGGUCCAGUAACAUCUGAUCGCCGCCAUUCAUGGUCAGUGUAAAUAGAACAGUAGUCCAAUAUGAAUGACACUCAGGUUUAUACAUGGAAAGUGCUUUGUAGUUCAUGUAUUUAUCAAACUGUACAAAAAGAAAAAGAUGCAGUGUUUACAGGUGUCAGCUCUCAACACAUAAACACUACUAUUAAUCUUCAAA